CACAGCCUAACAACGCCCGAUCACACCAGUCUUGCACACAGGAGUACUCCCAGCUGCCAGCUUCACAGUCAGCACAGUUGAAACCCCACGUAUAUAUAUACGCUGCUUUCUAUCCUAGUCUCCCAACACACCCAUGCCUACUAUCUUUAAUCAUGUAUUUAACACUCCCGUCUAUGAGGGUGAGGUAUCCUUCAGCACUGGCCUCUUCAUCAAUGGCGAGUUCGUCGAUGGGUCAGACGGAACUACCAUCGACGUGGUGAACCCGACAAAUGGAAAAGUGAUCACCUCUGUUUCAGAGGGAACUCCAAAAGACGUCGAUCUCGCAGUCGAAGCCGGUGAAAAGGCCUUCGAGACUACGUGGGGUCUCAACUACCCUGGUAACAAGAGGGGACUUCUCCUUAAUAAGCUCGCUUCGCUCAUGGAGGAGCACACUGAUGAACUUGCUGCCCUUGAGGCUCUGGGCAAUGGUAAGGCUUUCAACAUCGCGCGUAGCAGAGACGUCGCUAGUGCCAUCAGUUGCGUCCGCUACUUUGCCGGCUGGGCUGAUAAGAUAUCUGGUCGAGCAAUUGAGACAAUCGAGGAAAGAUUCACCUAUACUCGUCAUGAGCCCAUCGGAGUCGUUGGCCAAAUUAUCCCUUGGAACUUCCCUCUUCUCAUGUUUGCAUGGAAGAUCGCACCUGCCCUUGCGACAGGCAACACCGUCGUCCUGAAGCCGUCUGAAUUCACACCACUGACGGCGAUACGUAUGUGCCACCUUGCAAAAGAGGCCGGAUUUCCACCUGGUGUUUUGAACGUCGUCACCGGAUAUGGCAACACUGUCGGCAGUGCUAUCUCGUCCCAUAUGCGGAUCCACAAGGUCGCAUUCACAGGGAGCACUAUCGUCGGGCGCAAAAUCAUGGAGGCUGCCGCCAAGAGUAAUUUGAAGAAUGUUACCCUCGAGCUUGGUGGGAAGAGUCCGAAUAUCAUUUUUAACGACGCAAAUCUUGAAGAGGCUGUCAGCUGGUCUAUGCUUGGCAUAUUUUACAAUCAUGGUCAAUCCUGUCUUGCGGGCUCGCGUAUAUUUGUGCAAGAAGGAAUCUAUGACGAGUUCUUGAAACGUUUCACGGAAAAAUCACGUUCAAUUAAGGUUGGGGACCCCUUUGCUCCAGACACUUUCCAGGGACCGCAAGUCUCCAAAAUUCAGUACGACCGCAUCAUGGGAUAUAUCCACUCCGGAAAGAAGGAGGGCGCCAAGAUCCACAUCGGCGGAGAACGCCAUGGCAGCGAAGGCUAUUUCAUCCAGCCAACUAUAUUCCUCGACACCAAGCCGGAUAUGCGCAUUGUGAAAGAGGAAAUCUUCGGACCUGUCAGUGUUGUGAUCAAGUUCAAGGACGAAGAAGACGUUGUGCGUCAAGCAAAUGAUACGCUGUAUGGUCUCGCCGCGGCAGUGUUCACCAAGGACGUGAAUCGGGCGAUCACAACGGCACAUAAGAUCAAGGCAGGAACGCUCUGGGCGAAUUUUUACGGCGUGACGAGCCCGAACGUCCCAUUCGGUGGUUUCAAGCAGAGUGGGAUUGGGCGGGAGAUGGGAGAAUAUGCCUUGAAUAACUACACCGAAGUCAAGGCCAUCCACGUGAACCUCGGAAUGAAGAUGAUGUAAACUUCGCUCCUUGAUUGUGAAAAGUUUAGGCAUCAUGUCUUGGGUUCUAGUAAGAAC